AGAAGAUGUAAUGAGGUCUUAAAAGUGAGAAGUGGAGGACACUUGCAGCUUUGAAUUGGAAUUGGCUUUAGGCACUUCACACAAAACCUGAAUAUGGAUGGUCAAGAUACUGCUUUAAGAUUAAACUUUGAAGACCUUUAUAUUUUAUUUAACUUUUCAGAUUAUGAAAACCUGUCAGGAAAUAGUACUGGGACUUUUCUGAUCGAUCAAAACACCAUCAUCUGCCAAGGACCUCAUUUCGAGCCAGCUGUGAAUUCAGCCAUCUGUGUUGUCUAUUUCCUGAUCUUCCUGCUUGCCAUUCCUGGGAACAUUAUAGUUGCCCUGGUGAUUGGAUAUAACUAUAGAUUCUUGUCGCCCUCUGACAUCUACCUCCUUCAUCUGGUAGUGGCAGACACCCUCUAUGCUUUGAGCAUCCCCUUCUGGGCAGUGAGCACUGUGCACGGCUGGGUGUUUGGAGAUGUCAUGUGCAAACUGGUCAGUCUGAUCCAGGAGGUCAAUUUCUACAGCAGCAUCCUGUUCCUGAUGUGCAUCAGCAUUGACCGCUACUUGGCCAUUGUUUGGGCAGUGAAAGCCCACAGAAAGAGACGGGCGCUCUGCAGCUGGAUGGUGUGCUUCUCUGUCUGGGUUCUGGGGACUGUUUUUUCCUUCCCUGUCCUCUUCAAUGACGCAUUUAAACCUGUGAACUCUGACAGAAUUGUAUGUUACGAAUACCAUAACCCAGAAAGUAUAGAUCAGUGGAAGCUUGGCACAAGGGUUCUUAGACAUGUCCUGGGCUUCCUCUUACCUCUGAUAGUAAUGCUUGUGUGUUAUGGUGUUACCAUUAGCCGACUGCUUGGGACACGCAGUUUCGAGAAGCAAAAAGCUAUGAGGGUGAUUGUGGCUGUGGUCAUUGCUUUCCUUCUGUGCUGGAUGCCCUAUCACUUAUCAGUGAUUUCAGACACCAUCAUCAGGUCUGGGCUCAUCUCGUACAGUUGUGAGACACGCAAUUCAAUUGAUCUGGCUUUAUUUUUCACCCAGAGCCUUGGUCUGCUUCACAGCUGCAUCAACCCUGUCCUCUACGCAUUCGUGGGACAGAAAUUCAGAAGGAACCUUUUAAAUCUGCUUUACAAAACGAGGGUGCUAGAACGCAGCUCUUUGUCCAGAUCCAGCAGAUCUACGUCCCAGACAUCAGAAGGAACAUCAACUUUCCUAUAAUCACAGUGGCACCCAAGAAAAUAUAAAAAAUCAUUUAAAAAAAAAUCUUUAUUUUUUAUUGUGCAGUCUAUUUCUGCAGACUGUUUAUUUUUACAUAUAGCAUUUGAUAAUUGACACCCAAUAACACUCAGUUCUCCUGCAUUGAGUUGUUGGCCUUUUAGUAUAGUGGAAUUAUUAGCAGACAUUGUGAGACUUUAUGCUGGGAGAAUACCUGGUGAUCACAACUCAGCUAAGGAUGAUCUUUGCACAUUAGGCCUUGGUUAAAUUUAUUUUAAAGUCACUGUUUGCCAACACCAUUUUGUCACUCUGCCCAUAAAUGAUUGCUGUAGGUGUGUUAUCAUGAAUACAUUUUUCCUACUAUACUAAAUACUAAUACUAAAAACAUCAGUGGGUGAUGUUAGUCUUUACUCUUUUACCUUUACUCUUAUUCUUAUUAUUACUUUUACUUAAGUCAAAGUAAAGUCAAGCCAAUAAAACUAUAGUAUUUAUUUGUUCUGACCUGUCACUCCAGUAAAGCACAAAAACCAAAUGUCUGAACCUGCUCUUCCUAUCAUACUGAGAAGUAUUACUAUCACAACAAGACAUCAUCAUUUGGUAGAAGGCUCUAGAGAUCCCAAAAUGUCCAUAAAUAUUAUUUGAUAAAUAAUUGGCGGGUCAACAUACUAAUUUUAUCCCAAUUCUUAGCAAUCUUUCAAUUAAAAAAUUAUAAAACAUUUUUUUAAAUCAAAGAACAUUUGAGCAGAAAGAAAUACAUUGACACAAAGUGCUGUGUAUAAUUAUUUCUUCAAGAACAUAAGAAAGAUGAUUAAUGAGAGGAGGCCAGUCAGCCCAAGUAUCCCUUUUGGUAGUUGGAUCACUGUAAGUGAUCCUGCUUUAUUUUUUGACUCUAUGAUUUAUUCCAGCAAAUGUACAAAUUUUAAUUUGUAAUUUUAAUCUUGCCUGCAGACUGUACAGGUGACAAAGUGGAAUGCUCCAUAAAGGUGACAUGAUGGAAUUAAUCCAUAAACAUGUGCUGAAGCGCUCAGAGCUACUGAAACCUUGAAGAAGGCUCCACAGCCGAAACGUUGUGUUUUCUCUCUUCUCUUUUCCGCAGGAAAUAAACCUAUUACUUGUUCCUUUGCAGACUACACAUGCUGACGGAGCUACCCACCUGAACCAUUUAUAUAGAUUACAUCUAAAUGUGAUAGGUAUUGGGUGACUAGAGGCAACAAAUUACAAAGAAAGUGCAAAUGUUUAAAUUAGAGUGAAAAUAUUAGAAAAUCAGCAAGGAAGAUGAACAGAAAGUAGAGCCAAGAAACCUCAGGAAAAACAAUGAAAAAACAGGCAAUUGUGUGCUUAUACCUCAAUGACAAGGACAUUAGGAGAAAAAGGAAAUGAAGCUUCUGCAUUAUAAGAUAAUUAAGAAUGUGCAAUUAUAUGUAAUUGCAAUCACAAUAUAUGUCUAAAGUACUCCCCACUCAUAACAAGAGCAACAGAAGACUACCACAUAAUUUGCCAGUGAUACUUUUAUUCCAUACUGUAUAAGUGAGAACUAAAGUGGAGGAUCAUCUACAGUACAUGAAAGAAGGAUUCUUGAGGAAUUCCAGCACAGAUUUAUAAGAAGCAGGUCUUGUGUAACUUACCUGUUAGAGUUCUUUGAAGAAGUAACAUCACUAAUGGAUAUAAACAGAGCAUAUGAUACACUAUCCUGUAAAUACAUGCAUUGAAAGUAUUGGACUAGAAAACCAGGAAUACAGAUAAAUGUUGAUCAGGGUGAUAUAAUUUAUGGAAUGUCACAAGCAAUGUUCCCUCUAAUUUUUAAUGGCCUGUGUAUGCAAAAAUUGCAAGUUGUGCAAUUUUUUUCCCAGUGACAAAAACUUGUGCGCACUAAAUUGAGUGUAUGUCAAAUUAUAAACUUAUAAAAAAAAAACUUAUAAAAUUAUAAAAGAUUUUUUUUGAGGUUAAUAUAAUCUUUCUCAUAGAAGCAUAGAGAUCCAAAAGACUGGGACACUGAUUGAACAAGCCCAGUCAUAGAGACUGAGUGUUGAGCGAGCAUGAGCAGUGAGGUGCAAGACUACGAGAGCAUACAGUAGAUAUUGCUUAUCGAGUUGCAAUAUUAAUGCACACAGCCAAGUUGAGCCUCUCGCAGCCAGUCUCAUGUGGUCAAUUUAGCCAGUCUCAUGUGGAUGGCCAUGUUUGUUUUAUUAUUAUAAUUUGUUUUGGAAUUUAGUAUUUUGUGCGCAGUUCAAUUUCCUAUGUGCGCUGAUUUAAUAACCUGGGUGCGCAUAUAAUGUUAUGAGUUGUAAAAUAAUGUUGUGAGUGGUACAUAAUGCAUUAUUUAUUGGUAAUAAACAGUUGUCUUGA